AUUGGUUCCCGCGAUCGAAGCCCCUCCAGGUACUAGGUCUAGUCUACGUCUGUAAUCAUACGUAUCGACACUGUACUAGUGCGGCUAAGUCAUUUCUGUCAUUACAAAAAUAAAUGGCUGCUAAAUUUUGCAUCGCAGUGUACCUUUGGAUGCUUUAUUUGCAAGUAUUUCACCAGCCAUUGGUGUCAUCAGAAUAUCCCUUUCAGAAUUAUUCACUGCCGUGGGACAAACGACUCGAUGACCUGAUUUCCCGGUUGCAACUCGAUGACAUCGUCCUUCAACUGGCUCGCGGUGGAUCGGGGCCCAACGGUCCUUCGCCCCCGAUCCCUCGGCUCGGCAUCGGUCCGUACAACUGGAAUACGGAGUGUCUCCGUGGAGAUGUCGGAGCUGGGAAUGCCACCUCUUUCCCCCAAGCUUUAGGCCUCGCUGCUUCGUUCAGCAUCAGUUUAGUGAACAGUGUAGCCAAGGCAACAAGUGAGGAAGUUCGAGCUAAAUACAACAACUUGACCAAGCAUGGCAUUCACCGUGACCAUGGUGGAUUAAGCUGUUUCAGCCCCGUGGUGAACAUCAUGAGACACCCUCUGUGGGGACGGAACCAGGAGACAUAUGGGGAGGACCCCUACUUGACAGGUGAGAUGGCCAAAGCAUUUGUCAGGGGUCUGCAGGGCCUUCAGGGGAAUUUCUCGAGAUACCUCCGAACCAGUGCAGGCUGCAAACACUUUGAUGUGCAUAGCGGACCAGAGAACUACCCAUCCUCUCGAUAUACCUUUGAUGCUAAGGUAUCGGAGCAUGAUAUGUAUAUGACAUAUCUGCCGGCGUUCCAUGAAUGUGUAAAGGCUGGAACAUACAGUGUUAUGUGCAGUUACAACAGUAUCAAUGGUGUGCCCUCUUGCGUCAACCAUAAAUUCCUCACUGAUAUCCUACGGAGUCAGUUCGGCUUCAAGGGCUACAUUGUCAGUGACCAAAAGGCUAUUGAGUACGUCUUCCUGAAGCACAAAUACACUCACAGCCCUCUCCAGACAGCUGUAGCUGCUGUUAAAGCCGGCUGCAACCUGGAGCUAUGCUACUCGGCCAAGAACGUCUACACCAACCUAACCGAUGCCGUCCAGAUGGGCCUGGUAAGCGAGGAUGAACUGAAGCAGCUGGUCAGGCCACUGUUCUACACCAGGAUGAGACUGGGAGAGUUUGACCCACCAUGGAUGAACCCUUACGCCAGGUUUGUGGCCUCGGAGAUGGUGGAGUCCUUUCCACACAGGAACCUGGCUCUUCUCUCAGCUUCCAAGACCUUUGUCUUGCUGAAGAAUGAGAAGAACACACUGCCGGUUGGUGGAAUUCAUACUCUUGCUAUAAUUGGGCCAUUUGCUGAUUCUCCCCAAGAUCUGUUCGGAAGCUAUGCACCACAGACUGACCCCAAGUUCAUCUCCACGCCUUGGCAAGGGCUGAGAAGUCUUGGCAGGACCCAGCGAUUGGCGCCCGGCUGCAACAAUCCUGUGUGUGACCAGUACAACGAGACUGCCAUUAUGGAUGCCGUGACGGGAGCAGAUCUUGUCAUUGUUUGUCUGGGGACUGGAACUAAAGUGGAGAGAGAGGGGUUGGACAGGAGAACCAUGUCCUUGCCUGGUCACCAGCUGCAGCUUCUGCAGAAUGCUGUGAAAUAUGCAUUGGGCAAACCUUUGGUCCUGCUUCUCUUCAAUGCUGGCCCGCUGGACAUAUUGUGGGCUGAUCAGAGCCCAGGGGUCCAUGCCAUUGUGGAAUGCUUCUUCCCAGCUCAGGCGACAGGGGCAGCCCUUAAACAACUUUUUACAAAUGCUGAGCCAGCCAAUCCAGCUGCAAGGUUGCCAUUCACGUGGCCAGCAUCACUGGAUCAAGUUCCACCCAUGACAAAUUACAGCAUGAUGAAUCGGACCUACCGCUAUUUCUUUGGUGAGCCACUCUACCCAUUCGGUUAUGGCCUAUCAUUCACUCAGUUUAGCUACACGAACUUGACCUUGGGAAGGACAACUAUUAGCCCAUGUGAUGACCUACUUGUAUAUGUCACCCUGGUGAAUAUCGGGAAAUACCCAGGAGACGAGACGGUUCAAGUCUACAUCAAGUGGCACAAUGCAUCCGUUCCCACGCCCAAUAUCCAGUUAGCUGCUUUCAACCGCUUCAAGACCACAGUGAAAAAUACGGUGACAGCUCUUCUGAGAGUGCCAGCCCGCGUGAGGGCAGUGUUCACGGACGAACUGGUGCUGGAGCCGGGGGUGUUUAUUUUGUUCGCCGGUGGUCAGCAACCUGGCCAGAAGAGGCAAGUUGGCUCCAGUGUGCUCAACACAACAUUCACGGUCGAAGGUCCUGUGACCCCUCUUUCACAUUGUCCACAGUAAAUUUAUAUUUAUUGAUUUCUCUAAUGAACUACAGGUGGAAAUGUUUGUAAGAGUUAUAGUAACUUAGCUUCAUUGCAUACAAACAUUCCCUGAAGUUCCUAUUUUUCAGCAGUGCCGUAAGUGUGUGAUUUACUCAGGACAUUUCAGGAUUUUGGACUCCAGACUUCUGGAAUGUAAUCAUUCAAAGUGUGUUACUUCCCAGCAGUUUGUGAUAAAAAAAAUCCAAGUGCAAGAUUCAUGUAGUCAUAUAAGAGAAAACUCAUCUGUGUAAUAGCCAUUGAGAGCCUUGAAAAGUCAUAUUGCCUAUUGCCAUCAUUGGUUCAACUCCUGUGCUGGAUGCUUUGUAGAUUUCCCUCCAUCUCAGUAUCCUUGAUAAUAAAAAAAAUGCAUUGUUGCAGAAAAGUAAUCUGUGCUUAUAAUCAUCACCAGGUAGCCUGUCAGCAUCACUCUUGCAUCCUCUGCCAGAAAUCUCACUCAGUGCUCCUGAUGAAGGAUGUUAGAAACCUUCAGAUUUGCACUUGUAGUGUUUAGUGACAUUAAAGUCAGUGUACCCUUGUAAUUUUGCAGGUAGCGACAGAAGACUGCCUCGAACUCAGAGGCAGCAGUUCAGUGCUUGCAGAGAAAGUUAUCAAUGGAUUGAUUUCGAUUGAUUCAUUCUUCUACUGUAUGUUGUGUUGUGUGCUUGGUGUACUAAAGGUCAAGUUUCUUCAUAUUUGCUACCUUUUUUCUUCAGGUGAUUAUGUAUACAUGUAUUUUCUUGUUACCAUUCAGUGACGCUGAGUUGAAGUGAUGUAAUAAUUUCUUACCAUUUUAUAUAUCAAAAUGGAAUUUGUUCAACAUUGUUUCAGUGAAAGAAAAGUAUAAUAAACAUACACAUAAAGCACAGAUGUAUUUUAAUUUUUAAAGAUGGCGGUACUAUCUAUAGGAUUGAAUAGAAUGUGAAAUUACUUAGAAUGCUACUUUACGUGAACAGCAAUGAGUACUUUUCUUUAAAUCAAAUUAAAAUUUAAAAUGAAAAUUUAAAUUAAAAUUUCACAAUGUUUCAGAAUUUCAGUGCUAUUUAAGGAAUAAUAGAAUGUGAAUUACAAUGAAAGUUGCUUUGCAAUGACAAUAGGAAUUUUAUUUUUGUUAUAAUAAUUAAAAAUUGUAUUUGUAAUUACAAGCAAGUUGCUACUUCAAUCAAUUCCCUUAAUAUCUGGUUCGUAUGUUGAAGGCCCACUGUAUAAUCAUAAUUUACCUUUAAUCUUCGUUGCUUCCCAAAUUUACGUACAUUGUACUUGAGUUGGACGAAAAUGUAAUCACCACCCUCUGGCUAACUGGUUCAGAACCGGACAACUACAUGUACAUGUAUUAACUAGAAGUACAGACGACUACACCACUCGUGGGUGUUGAUUGUCUCAGUCCAAUCAUGGAGGAAGGAAAACAGAACAUGCAGGGUUUUGCAUGAUGGAUCGCGGGGAACUAAUGAGCAUUCAGUGUUUUUUAACCACGCCUGUGAAUAAGGUUUUACUGAAUAUUAUACAGCCGUGGUGAAUGCAUCAAAGCACAUCUUGAGUCAUUCAAGUUGUGUUUCAAACCAGCUGUAACACUGGUUUACAUAUGGUUUAGCUGUACGUAUUUAUGUCGUGCAUCAUUGAUGCUAUCUUUUAUAUGGUGUGCUAGUGUUAUUUUUCGUCUAAUACUGAAUCUCUUGUGAAAGUCAAACCUUUGUGAAAUUAUGCUUCUAUACAUUCCAUUUACUCGACACAAUUUUACCCAAAUCACGAUGAUAAUAUAUAAGUUAUGUCAAUUAUAUAAAAUGUAAGUCAAUUAUAAACUAUUAAAUUUAAAUUAAGCUAUACAAGAAUGUCUUUCCAUUUGUUGUACCUCGUCUCGUUGAUAAAUUCAUUAAAAGUGAUCGUAAACAGAAGACAAAUGCGUGUCUUCUUUUGUUUUUCUUUGAACAAACUCUGUCACUCUAUGACUCAAACAUUUAAUUCUUUUCAAUAAGAGCCCAACUCUACUUUUUUUGCAACCAAAAGGGCAUUGACAUUCACUUCAACAGUUGGGCGCCAGCCAACCCAAAAUCACCCCUGGGGUACCACCAAGCUUCUCAGGAAAUUAGUCAAAUCUCAAAGUUCAUUGUGAAGCGAUGUACUGCAAACUGAAUAGCAAAAGCCACAUCCAGCUAGUAGGGCUUUAUAGGUCUUGGCAAGGGCGUACAUGUAUGCCCUUUGCACCCUUGUGACAAAAAAGUGACAAGUCGUUGGGCCUGAUCAGAUUAGCAUUAGGUUUCCAUGAAAUAAGUGCCCAUUUUCAAGUGGGCAACUGCCAUACCCAAAGACUACAAUACAUUCACUUCCGAAACCCAACUAGAACGGAAUUUUGUUGCAUAACCAUUCUAAAAGUGCCUUUAAACCACUUACGAUUCAGGACUAGAAAUUAAAAAAAUAAUUUUGCAAACUUCUUUGGAGCAUUACAUUAUAACAUAUACUUCUUUAGUGCAGUAUACCCUAAUAUCACCUAAUCAGGAAUCCACAUAAAAAGCAAGCCAGGCACAGGUGUACAUGGUGGGGAGUGUAGCCCCCAAAUUUUUUAUAGCUUCCCCCCCCUUAAAAAAGGCUAGAAUAUAUCCGAAUUGCAAUGCUUCAGUUUUUUAUUUAAAUGAACAGUCCAUGAUAAUUUUUCAGAGUCAUUAUGCACAACAAACAUUAGAUUCUUUUUUCUCCCAAUGUGAACGAGCGUAGUGAAAGUUUCAAGGUGACGUCAGGUGCGAAGGGUCUACCCCACUCCCCUACCCCUAGAAGAACUCUAGAACCAUGCCUGAAACAAACGGUUUAUGAUGCCUCGAUUUGUUUUCCAAAAUGUAACAUUUGAACAGGACUGUAUAAUUCUUUGAGUUGCUGUCCAAAGAUUUUCAUGCAUUCCCACCGAUGCCAUUUCUCAUUUGCCUAAAAGAUGUUCCAAGGCAGUGCUGAGUUAGCAAGUGUUUACACAUGUCCACGAGAAUAGAUAAACCAUAGCACAAGCAACAUUACUGUUCCACUGGUUCCUUCCUCCUCUGUUUAUCCUUUGGCGCUCUACUUGAUUAACCACAAGAAUGGUUGCAUCUAGAACUGAAAGUUGACGGGUGAACUGACUGCAUGGGCAACCCAAUGGGUUGUAAUUAGUCCUUCCAUUGCCAAUUGUCAUUCAAGGGCCAAAGUCUCCAACAUGCCUCAAGGACGUUUAUUUUAGGGUUUUAUAUUUAUAUUAACUUAAAGGACACCCUGCUAUUAGUUUUGGUUCCAAGAUGCUCAUUUUAUCAAGAUGUUUUUGUUUUUCACUAAAUACUUUGUAGGCCUAUAUCUUCAUGACUUGUAAUAAGUGAAAUAACCAGCGUUGACUUUAACCGAGCAUGGGGUUGAGCAAAUCAUUUGCUAUCAUCACCCACGAGUACUUACAAAAAACAAAACGAUGACCACACAAUUAAAAAAAUGCUCUUUGAGCUUCUCAACAAGGUAACACUAGUAAAUUAGACACACAACAUGACAAAAAAUGCUUGAAACAACAAGGUGGCCAACAGAAAGAAGAACAGCCUCAAAUUGAUUCUGAAAUAUCAUAGAUUACUUUUAUUUCUACAUUUGUACCAGCUUUACAAUUAUUUUUUAACGGCGAUAAGCUACUUUCACACAAACCAAUGCCCUACAUGCAAAUAAUUCAAGUAUUCUGCACAAAAUAAACAAGAGAUACAUUUUAAACAGUUCCUUUUUUUACACACAGAAAACAAGAUACAAGUACACUGACGACACUAUCACAUGAUCGUGGAAUUUCUUUUUCGUCUUACGCUUUAAUAAGGAAUUGAACAAACCAAAAUUCCCAAAUGACUUUGGCGUCAUUGGCAGAGCAACCAAAUGACAAGUACGCUGGCCAAAAUUUUAGAUCCCUGCCGUGUUGAUUCCAGGAGCUCAUGUACGAUGCAUGGCUCACACAGAAAUGAGAACACAAAGCGAGAACCAAGCCUAACAUUACAUGCCAAAUUUACCAUUAUUUCAGGGUUUCUUAAACCACUGUAUUCAAUACAGGCGAUUCACAAUAGUGCGCCUCCAAGAGUUUGCAACGCGUUGGCCAAUCACAACGCGUGAAUUCUGUCAACCCUUUUCAAGUGGCAAUGGGCCGACAGAUUUCGCCUUUUGUGAAUCGCCUGUAUUACACAUGCACAUACUUUAUCCUUGGCCUUAUACAGGUAUGUAGAACACACCCAGUUGAACAUGCAUUGGAUGAAGAGACAAGUUUUAAAAGGGGUGUUAGGCAAGAACAACUUUAAACCAAUAACAAAGAGAACUCAUACUGCUUUUUGGCUUGUUUCUAACAGAAAUAAUUUUGGCGGCACCAAUAGUAACAGUCCAAAACCUUCCGAUUUCAGUAUGAUUUUUACAUACACCCUAGGGUGUUAGGGUUAAUGCAGGACAUGGCAUUAUGUUCAUUAAGGUGUUAAAUUGAAAAAAAAUUACUGCCACCUGUUCUGAUGAAAGAAAAAGCACCAAUAUAUUCAAGCUCUAAAUACACGUACAUGUAAAAUCAGUAUCCAAAGUAACCCAGGAAAACAGAACCUCAAACAAUUAAAAAGUUAACAUAAAAUUUAAAGGAGUGAACUUUCACAUAUUUUGCUUGUCCGAGAUCAACUUUAAGUACGUGCUUGUUGAUAUCAAAAUAUACAACUACCUCAGUCUAUUAAAUUUGCCAAACUUUAUUGUUACCUCUAAAAAGACAACAUAGUGCAAAGAGUUCAUCAGUGGUACACAGUUUGUGGAAUCCUAAAUUCAAAACUAAACUGUGGACACCUACUAGAGGUAUACAUGUACGAAAUUAAGCGAUCAAGUCUGAUGAAGUUGUUACUUUUUUCUCAAUAAUAUAUUCAUAGCCUACGUCCAACGAUUUAAAAUGUUUUCACGUGUAGGCUACACAGCUGGAGUGUGAAAUCAUACACCCUAACAGUCCCAAAUCCUCCAAUUUUAAUACGAUUUUACAUACACCCUAGGGGGCUAGGGUUAAUGUGUAGGCA